CAGCUUGGUUUUAUUUAUUUUUUGUGUAAAAUAUUUAUGAACAGAACAAAACCAAAGUUUAUACAAAUGGAAGUAAAACAAGAAGUUAGUGAUGAGACGUGUCAAGCAGAAAUACAUUGUAAUGCUAUUGAUAAUGGUCUUUUAGAUAUUUGUAAAAUUGAAAUUAAGCAGGAACCUCUAAAACAAACUUCAUGUGAUACAUUUGAUUAUGGAGCCUUAAAGACUGAAGAGGAACAUAAACUUACGUCAGUUAAAGAAAGACCAAUAAAUUCAAGAGGUUUUCUUGAAGAGGAAAACACAUCGGAAACUAGGAAAACAAUACAUCGACAAUCAUAUAGUAAAAAAGAGCCUAUCCGCCGACGUAUUGAAGAAGAAACAAAGGGUAAAAUUUGUAUUAAGCAACUUAGAAGUUCAUUACACAAACAAAUGAUACUUCACACAGAAGUAAAGCCUAAUAAGUGUGAAAUUUGUUUUAAGCAGUUUACUCGUUCGAGUGAUUUAAAUAGACAUUUGAGAUUGCACACUGGGGAAAAACCUUACAAGUGUGAAAUUUGUUUCAAACAGUUUGCUGUGAAAGGUAAUUUGAAAACACAUUUGUUAUUGCACAGUGGAGAAAAACCUUACAAGUGUGAACUUUGUUUUAAGCAGUUCGCUCAUAAAAGUUCUUUGAAUGAUCAUGUGAAAAUUCACACUGGAGAGCAGCCUUACAAGUGCGAAAUUUGUUUUAGGCUGUUCACUCAAAAAAAAUCCUUGUAUCGACAUGCGAAAGUUCACACUGGCGAAAAACCUUAUAAAUGCGAAAUUUGUUUUAAGCAGUUUACUGAUUCGAGUAAUUUAAAACGACAUUUGAGGUUGCACACUGGAGAAAAACCUUACAAGUGUGAAAUUUGUUUAACGCAGUUUGCUCAUAAAACGUCUUUGGAUGCACAUGCCAAAGUUCACCAUGGUGAAAAUACUAUUAAAUGCGAAAUUUGUUUUAAGAAUUUUUUUCAGAAAUCUAAUUUAAAACGACAUUUGAGGUUGCACACUGGAGAAAAACCUUACAAGUGUGAAAUUUGUUUAACGCAGUUUGCUCAUAAAACGUCUUUGGAUGCACAUGCCAAAGUUCACCAUGGUGAAAAUACUAUUAAAUGCGAAAUUUGUUUUAAGAAUUUUUUUCAGAAAUCUAAUUUAAAACGACAUUUGAGGUUGCACACUGGAGAAAAACCUUACAAGUGUGAAAUUUGUUUAACGCAGUUUGCUCAUAAAACGUCUUUGGAUGCACAUGCCAAAGUUCACCAUGGUGAAAAUACUAUUAAAUGCGAAAUUUGUUUUAAGAAUUUUUUUCAGAAAUCUAAUUUGAAAGCACAUUUGAGAUUGCAUACUGGCGAAAAACCUUUCAAGUGCGAAAUUUGUUUUAAGCAGUUUCCAGCGAAAACUAAUUUGAAAUUACAUUUGAAAACGCACACUGGAGAAAAGCCUUACAAGUGUGAAAUUUGUUUUAAACAGUUUUCUUACAAAGCUAAUUGACAAAGACAUUUAGGAUUUCAUACUAGAUAAAAAGGUUAAAAGGUUAGGUUAAAUAUGUGCAAUACAACUUUAGUGUUUGAUUAUUGCAGUAAAUCAGUAUUAAAAGCUAUAUUAUGCUAUAUUUGCAAGAAAAGUGCUUUCCAUAAAAGAUGUGCUGAAAGGACAUGUCAAAUAACCAAUAAUAUCCGAUAUUCAAAUUGUAAACAAAACGAGGUUGUGGUACCUGAAAACAGUGUAAAAUGUGCUUCUGGAAAGAGUAGUAGUGAAAAAAAAAUUAUAAAUCCUUGUUAUUAAUGACUCAUUACGGCGAUCUGUGGAAAAAUUGCAAGAAUCUGUUGACUUUAUGUACGAAAAAUUUGCUAAUUUCUAAAAAUCGAAGUUUCCUAGCUGAAAUAAAAGCAUUAAAAAAUGAAACUAUGCAGCUUAAAUCCAAAGUCAAAAUACUUAAAGAAAAAAUAAAUGGUUUAGAGUAUGACAG